GCCCCCCCCACCACCAUGUCACCUGGAGAAAAACUGGACCCGCUUCCUGACACUUUCAUCCUGCAGCCGCCAGUCUUCCACCCGGUGGUUCCUUACGUCACGACAAUUUUUGGUGGCCUGCGAGCAGGCAAGAUGGUCAUGCUCCAGGGAGCGGUCCCUGUAAAUGCACGCAGGUUCCAGGUGGACUUCCAGUGUGGCUGCAGCCUGCACCCCCGGCCAGAUAUCGCCAUCCACUUCAACCCUCGCUUCCACACCACCAAGCCGCACGUCAUCUGCAACACCCUGCACGGUGGGCGCUGGCAAGCCGAGGCCCGGUGGCCCCAUCUGGCCCUGCAGAGAGGAACGAGCUUCCUCAUCCUCUUUCUCUUUGGAAAUGAGGAGAUGAAGGUGAGUGUAAAUGGACAACACUUUCUCCAUUACCGCUACCGACUCCCGCUGUCUCGUGUAGACACCUUGGGCAUAUAUGGAGAUAUCUUGGUGACGGCCGUUGGAUUCCUGAACAUCAGCCCAUUUGUGGAGGGCGGUAGCGAGUAUCCGGUUGGACACCCUUUCCUGCUGAAGAGCCCCAGCCUGGAGGUGCCCUGCUCGCGUGCCCUUCCCCAGGGUCUCUGGCCCGGACAGGUCAUCAUAGUGAGGGGGCUGGUCUUGCCAGAGCCAAAGGAUUUCACGCUCAGUCUGCUGGAUGAGGCCGCCCACGUUCCUGUGACGCUCAGGGCUUCCUUCGCCGACAGAACUCUGGCCUGGGUCUCCCGCUGGGGCCGGAAGAAACUGAUCUUGGCCCCCUUCCUCUUCUACCCACAGCGAUUCUUCGAGGUUCUGCUCCUAUGCCAAGAGGGAGAGCUGAAGCUGGCGCUCAGUGGGCAGGGCGUGGGGGCCACCAGCCUGGGCCAGCAGGCCCUGGAGCGGCUGCGGGAGCUGCGAAUCGGUGGCAGCGUCCAGCUCUACUGCGUCCACUACUGAGGAGGGAUCCAGAGGGCCCAGCCGGAGAAGAAGAGGGCCAGCCUAUAGCCGGGGCCCCACCAAAUGCCCCCACUCUCCUAUCCUCGUUAAAAUCUCCACCUGUCACCACGGUGUCAGGCCUGGCUCACUUCUGGAACCAGGAGCCCGAGUCUGCAGGUGCUUUGGACCCCACAGCAGAAAGGGGGCACAAGAGUGUGAAGGCUCCGGAAACUCUGCAGUUCCCUCCACCAGGAGCCUGGGAUUUGGCUCUGCCUUCCUUCAAGGCCUAGACAAGGAGGCAGGCUUUGUAGCCUAAUGAAGAUACUCUAAAAUACAGCGGCUUUAAAAAUUUAGAAGUUUAUUUCCUUCUCAUCUAAACAGAAAAAUCGUCCAGGUCAGUGGGGCAACUUUGCUCCUUAUGGACCUUCUGGGUCAUCCUAGUCAUCACCCCACCACCCCCAGGGCACCAGCAUCACCUGCGUGGCAGAAGCUCAGUAACCACCAUAUCUAGGUUUCAACCACUGAGAAGGCAAAUAGAGGAUAUGGACAAGGCCCAUCUGAUGUCAUAAGCCCAGACCUGGGAUUAGCACACGCUAUUUACACUCGCAUCUCAUUGGCAAGUACUCAGUCACGCAGCCACAUUAUCUGCAAGGGAGGCUGGAAGUGUCCUCCACGGGAUGACCACAUGCCUGGCCAUAGCUCUACUCCUGUGAUUCCUGGAAUAUUUGGUUUUAUUUAUAUUAUACCAUCUUAUUUUGUGUUUUCUAUUUACCAUUGCUAUUUUCCCUCAUAUUUUCAGCUUUCGUACUUGCUAUUGGAUUGAUAAAGUCUUCUUUAUCACCCUCCCCCUUUUUUUUCUUAUGCUGAUUUGGAAGUUGUAAAUUCCAUUUUAUACUUCUAGUGGUUAUCCUUACUUUUUAUUUUAUUUCUUAGUUAACACAAUAAAAUUGACUUUUGGGGGUGGGUAAAAUUCUGUUUUAACAUAUAUGUAGAUCUGUGUGGCCACUACCACAAUCAAAAUAUAUAACAACUCCAUCAUUCCAAAAAAUUCCCUGGUGUUACUUCUGUGUAAUUGCACCUCCUCCACCCCCUCCCUUAACCCCCAGCAACUCCCUGAUCUGCUCUCCACUACUAUAUUUUGUGUUUUUGAGAAUGUCAUAUAAAUGGAAUCAGGUAGGAUGUGACCUUUUGAAACUGAUUUCUUUCAAUCAGCAUUACCCUUUGGAGAUUAAUCUAAGUUGCUGCAUGUAUCAGUGACUCAUUCCUGUUUAUUACUCAGUAGUAUUCCAUUGUACCACAAUUGACCCACUGAAGAACAUUUGGGUGGUUUUCAGUUUUUGACAAUUAAUGAAUA